AUGGGAAAACUGAGCAUACCACUACUUUUACUCGAAUAUGGUGCUAACUUCACCAACGUCAAAUCAGAUCUUUCAGAUGAAUAUCAACCAACGAAUGAACAAUGUAAAUUAUGUCAAUGCAAAUAUACUUUACAAAAUCCUCAAAGAGAUCAUUUAUUUACUACAAAACAUAUUGAAAAUAUUCGUUGUAUUCUAUCCAAACAGAUUUCAUCUAAUGUUGCAACGACAAAAGAUGAUCAAAAUUAUAAAAAGAGCAGUAUCAAUGUGAAAUUAGAUUUAGAUAAUUCACCAACAUCAGUAUUAGACAAAUCAACAAAAGAUGAACAAAAUCAACUUCGGUCUUAUUUAAGUUUGAUGCAUCUCAUGCCACUCGGAGUGGAUCCAAAUAUUCGUGGAACAUCAUUAUUUAUGUUACAAUUACCAUCUGAUGCUUUAAAUAAGAUUGUUUCAUUAAGUAAAUCAGAUGCUCAUCUAACACGUGCUCAAUAUAGACAAGAUGGAAAAACUCUUCAACAAUUACUUGAUAAUGAUCAUCAGAAUGUCGAUUAUCAAACAAUUGAUGUUGGUUGUUCUUAUAACUGAUUACAAUCAUUGAAAAAUUUCUUAUUUUCUACCAUGUCCCGUACACAGCGAAAAUUACAGGCCAUGUCGGCACAGGAGAUGUUAAUUCAAGAAAAAAAACGGAAAAUUGAAGAGAAACUGCGUGUAGAUGGUGCGAAGAAAAUUCAUGUUGAUAAUGAUAGUCAGCAGCAAGUAAAUAACGAUUCAAUGCAACAUCAACUAGCUAGAGGCAACAUAUUCAAGAACGAUGGAUCGUUUCUUGAGCAAUUUCAAAAAUCUCAAGGACAAUUAUCCUCAACCAUCAUCAAUAAUGACACACAACAAUCAUCUCUAUCGAAAGGAACAGAUUAUUCAUCAAUGAACUCCCUACCACAAUUUGCACCACCAUGGUUUCCUUCGGUAUCUCAACCUCCAUCAUCAUUUCCAGCGCCAUUUAAUCCAUCUCAAUUACCACCAUUUCCACUACCACCACUACCUCCUUCGCCUUCGUUUAGUGCACCAUCAUCCUUUUUUCCGCCAGCAAUUACUAAUAAUUCGACUAGCUUCGUUCCACCACCAUUUUUACCUUCAUCGUUUCCAUUACCACCACCACCACUACCUCCACCGCAAGAACUCUUUUCGAAAAUGCUUCAAACACCUCCCCCACCUUUGCCAGUUCCAGUUCUUGUAAACACUUCGAUAACAACGACUGCAAGCAAUUCUCAGAUCAAAAGUGAAGAUCUCUAUGAUCCUUUAAACGCUGAAGACGAUCCAGAAGAAGAGACUGAACAAACGAACAAAUCUAUGGAGAAACCAGUCUCCCGAGUAUUUAACGUCAAGAAAGAAAUUACAAUAAAAAUCGAACCAAAUCAAUUUCCAUCCACAAACUCCGAUCUUUCUUCCUUAGAACAUGAACAUCAGAAACAUGAUACUGGCGGAAUUCGUCGACAUCAAAGCGCCACCACCACAUCGACGAAUCUCUCGUCCUCGUCGAAGUUGUGGUGGAAUGAUGAUGAAGAUGACGAUACCACUGACCAAAAAUCAGACAUAGUGAAGAGAUCAGAAUAUACUGGGCAAACUGCUGAAGAAAAUGAUCGAAAACGUAAAUCACGUUGGAAUUCUUCAAAUGUUAAGCAAGAACCUAUUGAUAAUAAAUUUGUUCAGCAAAUUCAUGAAGCCACAGAGAAAGCCAAAUCAUUUGUGGCACAACUGAAUGAGCAGAUGAAAUUGUAUCCUCAAGGGUACGAUGGCAAGAAAAUGAACGAUGGACAAUAUGUUGAACAGAGAGAAUUACAAUCGAUUUACCAAACCAUGAUGGUGAAACGACGAGAAUUAGAGCAACUUGCUCGACAGCAGCAACGUAAACGUGAAUAUGAUUCCGAUGAAGAAACGGAUAGUGAAACAGGAACAUGGGAGCAUCGUUUACGUACAGCAGAAAUGGAUAUCACACGCGAAUGGGCAGUAAAAUUGACGGAAAUGGCAGAUGGAAAACAUCAUAUAGGUGAUUUCAUUCCACCCGAAGAAUUAGAAAAAUUCAUGAAAACUUAUUCGACAUUGAAACAUGGUGAAACACCUGACGUAUCCGAUUAUCGAGAUUUUAAACUUCAAGCGGAAAACAUUGGUUAUCGCCUUUUAGAAAAAUUCGGAUGGAAGGAAGGACAAGGCCUAGGAAAAACUUCACAAGGAAUUGUUAAUCCUAUCAAUAAGGGAACGACGCCAAUCAAUCAUAGUGGUUUCGGACAAGAACGUCCAUCUGAGUUAGAUCGUAAUGAUGAUGAGUUUCAAAUGUAUCGGAAACGGAUGAUGCUUGCCUAUCGAUUUCGACCAAAUCCAUUAAACAAUCCACGUCGGGAUUAUUAUUAA